AUGCUGCGCCUCGCGGCCAAGCUGGUGGCGUUCUUCUGGAGGAGGGCGGACGGCGCCGAGGGGGAGGAGGCCGGGCAGCCGGGGCCCGAGCUCGCGGAAGGUGACGCCAAGCUGAAAACCGUCCAGGGUGUCGUGACAAGGUACUGCGGCGAUUAUGGCAUGAUUGAUGAUUUGAUCUACUUCUCCAGUGAGGCUGUGACUAGCAAAGUGCUUCUGAAUGUUGGACAGGAAGUUAUUGCACUUGUACAAGAAGAUAAAGUGUCGAGUGGACUGAAAGCAAUUAGGGUGGAAGCUGUCUCUGAUAAAUGGGAAGAUGACGGCAAAAACCGCAGCAGAGGGCUGUCAGACUCCAGCCCCCGAGUGCUGAUUGGCUGUGUGACGUCGCUGAUGGAAGGUGCUGGCUACAUCAGUCAGACCACGUACUUCUCUCUGGAGAGUGUUUGUGAAGGUUUCCAGCCCUGCAAGGGAGACUGGGUGGAGGCAGAGUACUGGAUCCGGCCAGGCACGUGGAUCAGCGAGGCCAUCUCCGUGAAGCCGCUGAGGUACAAGCGCGUGGACAGGGUCUGCAUUUCUAGCCUCUGUGGGAAAAACGGGGUGAUAGACGACAGCAUCUUUUUCACCUUGGACUCUCUGAAACUUGCUGAAGGAUAUGUGCCUCGAAGACAUGACAUGGUCAGUGCCGUGGUGGUGGAGAGCAGCCAGUCAUGCUACGUCUGGAGAGCCCUGUGCAUGACCCCAGUGAAAAGACGGGACGCCUCUGCCUUUGAAGAGACUGCCGACGAGUUCUGUGGAGCACUUUUACUGAAGAACAAAGGUGACAUCGAAGUCACGAGGUUGACAAGUUUUGGAACGUUAAAAGAAGGAGAAAGUAAAAAUAUGGUGAUCUGGAUAGAGAAUAAAGGAGACAUUCCUCAAAACUUAGUCAGCUGUAAACUGGCUGGCUGGGAUAAAGCUAAACAAUUCAGAUUUCAAAUGCUGGAUAAAGGCCAGACAUGCCCGGCAGGGUCUCUUGUUCCUAUUCCUGAGAAGAAGAAUUUUUCAGAUAAAAAUAUUAACUUUCUAGACAGCCACCAAAAAAACAGAACCUCUCAGGCGUCAGAGAGCAGUUUGGUGAACAACGGAGACAUCUCUCCAGAUGACUGUACCUGUAAAGGAGAAAACGGAGACAAAGAAAAGGCAACACCAAGGAAGCAGGCGACGGAGCUGGACCCUGGAGGGCUCAUCCCUCCAGGUGGAAAAACCCUCAUCGUGAUUAUGUGUGACGCAAAGAGCCCAGGCCGCUGCAGGGAGCUCCUCCUGCUCUGCUUCUCCAGCUUCACGAUCGGGCGGUUCCUGGAGGUGAACGUGGUCGGCGGCGAGGAGUCUCUAAUAGCCGUCCGAGAACCGUUUUCCUGGAAGAAGUCUAAAACUACUCCCACGUUAACAUCCACAAAAACUACAGUUGUCGUGACCGCACAGAAAAGGAACUCAAGACGACAACUUCCAAGUUUCCUUCCACAGUAUCCAAUACCAGAUAGACUUAAGAAAUGUGUGGAACAAAAAAUCGACAUUCUGACUUUUCAGCCGUUACUCGCAGAGCUUUUGAACAUGUCAAACUACAAGGAGAAGUUUUCAACUUUGCUCUGGCUUGAGGAGAUUCAUGCAGAAAUAGAACUGAAAGAGUAUAACAUGAGUGGGGUCACCUUGAAAAGAAAUGGGGAUUUGCUGGUUCUGGAGGUCCCAGGACUGGCUGAAAGUAGGCCUUCUCUGUACGCAGGUGAUAAGCUGGUCUUAAAAAGCCAAGAGUACAGCGGACAUGUCAUCGAGUACAUCGGCUAUGUGGUUGAGAUUCACGAAGAAGAAGUAACUCUUAAACUUAACCCAGAAUUUGAACAAGCAUAUAACUUUGAACCCAUGGAUGUGGAAUUUACAUAUAACCGGACCACGAGCAGACGGUGUCACUUUGCGCUUGAACACGUCAUCCACUUAGGUGUUAAAGUGUUGUUUCCAGAAGAAAUCAUUUUACAGUCUCCCCAAGUGACGGUAAACUGGAACGACGUACAAGACACCAAACGUGAUGGCCAGCCCACCAGCAAGAAUUGGAAAUCCACGAAGGACCAAAGUAAACACGCAGCAAAGGAGAGGCAAGCUGGUGCCCAGGACGCACUGGGGCUGGCAGCCUUUGCCAGAAAGCCAGGUAACCUGGUAAACGAAGCCCAGAUCCCCAAGGCGAGAGAAAAGGAAUUUUUCAAUCCCGUGCUCAAUGAAAACCAGAAGUUAGCGGUUCGAAGAAUUCUCAGUGGUGACUGCCGCCCGCUCCCGUACAUUCUGUUUGGGCCUCCUGGAACCGGGAAGACAGUGACAAUCAUAGAGGCUGUUUUACAGGUGCACCGCGCUCUGCCGGACAGUCGCAUAUUGGUGUGUGCGCCCUCCAACAGUGCAGCCGACCUCGUGUGUCUGCGACUGCAUGAGAGCCAGGUGCUGCGGCCGGGUGCCAUGGUGCGGGUGAAUGCCACCUGCAGGUUCGAGGAGAUGAUCGUUGAUGCUAUCAAAGCGUAUUGCAAAGAUGGAGAAGACAUCUGGAAGGCCUCGCGCUUCAGGAUAAUAAUCACAACGUGCAGCAGUGCGGGGCUCUUUUACCAAAUAGGAGUGAGGUAG